AUGAAUCAACAAGUGAAUGGUACAAAUUUUGACAACGCUGGCGUUUUAAUGAGAAAGAAAUCAAACAAUUCACAAAAAGUGAAGGAAAAUAUCGUAGCUAAUAAUUCAUGCAAAGCUUGUGUUAACGUUAAUUGCGUGUUGCGUUUUAGGAAACGUUCACAAAGCCCUAUAUGGCAACUCCUUUUUGAUUUUUCUUUGUGA